GUUCACAUUUUGUCUCUAUUCAUGUUUUGCUCAUGCAAAUUUACAUCUGUCUUAUGUUAACUGGAAUGUAAUUAUUCCUUACUGUUGAUUCUAUCUAGGCAUGAGGGUUGGCUUUUGGUCUCUAACAUCAUUUUAAAGUAUUUUACCUUUUCAUUUAUUUUAUUGUGUUUGGUAGAAAAUGAGAAUAUCAUGAGUUGAAAUUUAUUCUUGAUUAAGUUCUAUUGGCCAAUUAAACUUAGACUCCUAACUCCUAAGAGGUAUAGCAAAGUAAGUCUUGAGUCUUUUAAAAUGAGAUAUGGAAUUUUCAUAUAUAGGGAAGAGGUUAGACAUUGGUGCAAUGGCAAGUGCCAUCCGCUCAAGCAAUGUGUCGAGGGUUCGAGUAAGAGAAUCAACCUCUCCAAAGUUGUGGAGUUGCGUGUGAAUAAUGGUUUUGGGGGAAUUGUUUUAAGUCCAGUUGGUACAAAAUGCGUCUCUAGAGAAGAUCAUAGCUUAAUGAAGAGGAAAGGAUUAGCGGUUGUGGAUUGCUCAUGGGCACGUUUGAGUGAUGUACCUUUCGUGAAGCUGCGUUGUGCUGCUCCUCGACUCUUACCGUGGCUGGUUGCAGCAAAUCCGGUAAAUUAUGGUAGACCAUGUCAACUAUCUUGUGUGGAGGCAUUAUCUGCAGCUCUAAUCAUUUGUGGGGAAGAGGAAACUGCAAAUCUGUUGCUUGGCAAGUUCAAAUGGGGCCAUGCUUUCCUAUCUCUCAACAGGGAACUUCUGAAGGCAUACUCUGAAUGUGAAAAUAGUGCUGAUAUUAUUUCGGUUCAAAAUUCUUGGCUUUCACAAGAAAGUCAGGUCCCAAAGGUUCUCCCAGAAGUGGAAGGAACAGACGUGGCAUCUCAUAGUGAGGAUGAGAACUCUUGCGAUUCUGAAGAUGGGCUUCCACCACUUGAAAGGAAUAUGAAUCAUAUGAACCUACAGGAAAGUGAUGAAGAAAGUGAAUAAAUGGUGAAGUGGUAUUGACAAAGGCACAGUAACAAAAAUACGCCCUGAAAAGGUGCCUAUGUGAGGAUUUGUACCAUGAUUUUGGCUUUUAUUGUAUGUAGUUAAAGUCAUAAUACUGUUUAAAAAGAAAAUUUUAUGUAUCUCUAGGUUUAAGUUAUCUACUUUGUGCGUUUUAGUGUAGGUUGGUUUUCCUGUUUUUAGUUGUUAUAUUAACUUUCUUAUUUCAAAAAUGAUACAAGUUACCUUUUCCUUUUUACUUUGAGGAGCCUUUAUUGCCUGAUCAAA